AUAAAUCCCACGAAGCACGAUGCAUGCUGCCAAAAGUUCACGGCAAGCACAUUUGGCAAGAAAUCACUACCGACUUCAUGGAUUCUCACGACAUUUAUGAUCAAGUCCGCGCUCAUUAUAGCACUGCCUCGCAAAACAACAGUGCCGAAUAUGGAAGCGCCAUUGCGAAAUCCUUCGGGUACUCUGAUGAAGAACUCGCAAGCAUCCCUACAGGAUCGAAUCUCGGCCUCAGUUGCGGGAAUCCUCUAGCCAUCGCUAGUAUUCGUGAGGGCGAGACGGUAAUCGAUCUCGGUAGCGGAGCUGGUUUUGAUGCUUUCCUUGCUUCCAGCAGAGUCGGGCCGUCUGGAAAGGUCAUCGGCGUUGAUAUGAACAAGGAUAUGCUUGCAAAAGCCAACAAAAUUAAGAGUGAAACGAGCAAAGCCAAUGUCACGUUUGUUGAGUCGCGCAUCACUGACAUGGCGGCCCUUGGGUCUGGAAUUGCCAACUGCAUCAUCUCCAAUUGCGUUAUUAACCUCGUUCCGGCUGCGGAGAAGCAUUUGGUGUUCAAUGAGAUGUUCCGUCUUUUGAAACCUGGCGGUCGUCUUGCCAUCUCAGAUGUCCUCGCGAAGAAGUCAUUGCCGGAAACGCUUAGGUCUGAUAUAGCCAUGUACGUCGGGUGCAUUUCGGGAGCAAGCGAAGUUCAUGAGUAUGAGCAAUUCCUUCAAGAUGCGGGUUUUCGAGAAAUCGUCAUUGCCGACACGAAGAGCGACCUCAAUGUCUACAUCCAGACCAACAACGAUGGCUCAAAGAAGGCAGAUUGUUGCAUCCCGUCAGAAGUAGGGAAGUCAACUUCUAACCGUGCCAUGGACCUCCGUGUGCCGAAUAGAAGCUGUGAAAGCUUGACAGAUACUGAUCUGAAUGAGUGGGUUGGGUCAUUCAAAGUUUACGCCGUCAGGGAAUGAUGCAGUACAAGGGGAGCAAGUACAACGAGUUUUAUUCCAUGUGUCCUGGGAUUAACUGCCAGAACUUCCAGGGAUGCGAUCGAUUGCUAGUAUAUCACAAUAGGCUAGUAGUUAAAUUAAC